AUGAAAUGGUGUUUCGUCUUGGCGGCACUUAUUUCUGUAUCGUUUCAAUCUGCAGGUGGAAGACCUGUUACAGCAGGUGAGAUUAAGGGCCGGUUAUUUAAACGUUAUUGUAGCCAGUGUUGAACAAAACCCCGUUCUAAGCCAUUUUCAGUUUGCCAAACACUUUCAUAAGAAAAAACCGUUUAUCGUGAACAGUAUCUUGACGGCCUCAGUAAAGCAUAGACUACAAAGGCACUUGUCUUCUUGAAAUGACCCACUAAGCGGAGGAGAUCUGGAAGUCCAAAGAUUUGUUUAACCGCGGCCUAAUAUAAUUAGACUUUGUUAAAAUAACCGACCAUAAGAGGUUUAAGCUCCGUUUACCUCUUAAUUGUCGUCAAUUGACACGACUGAUUUUUGUUACUACACAAAGGGCUAGGGAAAAGUAGUGAAGUGUCUUUUGUUCGUAUAGGUUGGAAAUGACGAAAAAAGGAAAAUACCAUUUGGUCAAUUUUAUGUAAAUGAGGCCUCAACAAAAGAGUCCAUCGAUAAUUAAAUUGUGAUUUAAAGUCAUAUCCAAAUGUAUUUGGCACGGGUAACAAAAAAGGUAUUUUCCCUAUGAAUUUCUUUUUGUAAGCAAUAAAAUUAUUAGCCUCCGUUUUUAAUAGUGAUAAGAGAAGGUUUUCACUAGUGACCGGCUAUGAAAGUGUUUGUCUAGUGGCAAGAAAGUUAAGACAGCCUCAUGCGUUCCGGUUAUAUAUGUCUAUUACUAUUUCUAUAAGUACAAGGAAGAGAGAAUGAGCUAGCUCGCUUUUCUCCCUUGAUACAAUUCAUUUCCCUAAACUCCGAGAAUUAGCCUGAAUUUCCGACAUCACUUCGAGUCGCUCACUCCCUCAUGUGCCUGCAUGAAGGACUACGGCUAGCGACUCGAAGUGAUGUCGGAAAUUCAGGCUAUCCGAGUAUUUUCUUUCACUGUUUUGUUUUUGUUUUGUUUUGUUUUGUUUUUGGCUGCUCACGGCAUUUGUAUCGUUUCCCUCGGAGACCUGUUCACAACGUUCAGGCAGUCUCCUCUAAGAUCUCUUCUCUUCCGGACUAGUGUGGAGUGGGUGCCUGUCUUUCUCUCGGGCAACCUCGUCCCACCCAUUUUUUAAGGGAAAAGCCCUGGGGACGAGGUUGUCUCUCGGGAGAUUCGGUUGGGUGGGUCUAAAUAUGACACCAGACCCUUUUUGUUGUUGUUUUAGGUGACUGCGUUCAGUGCACUGGAUCUCUACCGCAAUGUAAUCUUCCAGGUCUAUUUGGAUUUCCUAAGUGUAGAAUGUCGUUUGAGAAAUGCAAGCUAAACAAGCCCCGUCCAUUUAGACCAGGAAUUCUACAGCUAGAAACAGACUGUUACUAA